AUGGACCAGCAUGGAAAAUGGAAGGGAACAGACAUGAGAGGUGCCAAUGGAUUUCCCUGCUGUAGCAAGGAUUCGGUGGACAUAGUGGAGACACAGAUUGACGUAAACCAACACCAGCUCCAGCCGACACAAGAGCAGCUCCAGCAGGCACAAGAAGAUGAGAGCGAGGUAACAGUGGGCAGGGUCACCUCUUAUGGGAAGGUGCUGGAGAAUGAAUUGCUAGAGCUGGAUCCCCCACCUAAAGUAGACUUGGACCUAAACACAGAACCGGAGCUGGAGGCCAAGGCUGUGCCACCGUUGGAGUGGUGCCCAGAACCCAUACUCAAGCCUGAGACCAAGCCGAACUUGGAGGAAUGCAAUGAAGACCUGGAGAAACAGACGCACAACAAAGAGUCCAUCUGCCCCAACACGGAGGUGCAGAUGCAGCAGGACACCCACCAGUGGAACGAGAGGUCGAACUCCAAGGACGAGGAACAAGUGUCCACCACCCAUUGCUCCAUCCAGGUGCAGACGUCCAAGCACCUCUUCUGGGCAGACAAGACCAUCCAGGCCUCAGAACACAGCCUGCAACGGGAGACCGGCCUGCAGCCUGGCCAGAAGAGCAGAGAUAAGACCACCAGCCGCCUGAACCAGAAGUCAAUCCCCAAGGACACCCCACGCUCCAAGAAGCAGCUCCAGAACCCCAACACCAACUUUUCAGACACACACCUCAGGCAAUCACCAAACACCCACUUGCCCUCCUCCAGUCUCCCACCAACUAUCAGCCUAGAUCAUCUGAUCAACCUCGCAUCUUCCCUGGCCAUAGCCUCAUCCAACAAGAGGGACUUGCCCAGGUUAGAGCGCAUGAUGAAAUCUCCACCCCAGAAGGCAGUGGAGCCUUCCAAGGCAGCCCGGAUGGAGACUGCACCCCCGGUGGAGAGUGCACCCCCGGUGGAGAGUAAAACCCCGGUGGAGAGUGCACCCCCGGUGGAGACUGCACCCUUGGUGGAGACUGCACCCCCCAUGGAGACUGCACCCCCCGUGGAGACUGCACCCCCGGUGGAGACUGCACCCCCGGUGGAGAGUGCCACCCAGUCUGACAAGAAGGAGCCAGAGCGGGAAACGCGCUCUCAGUUGCUAGAGAAGCCACCAGAGAAACCUCUGGAAGCAGGGGAGCCACAGAAAGCUGGCCAGAAGGUCUAUGAGAACACUGCUCACCCUUACUUUAGCAAGCCAGGCCUCCGCGGGACCACCAUUGCAGGGAAAAUUAAGUUUCUCCCGCCCCGGCCAGGUCCUCUCCACCAGAAGGAGACGGGAAUGCAUAACUUUGCAGAUGAGAACCUGCUACCACUGACAUCCCAGCAGCUGUCAGCAUUCCAGGAUAUCUUCAAACUGCUCAGCUCCAGCCCGACAGGCAUUAUGGACAUGCACAGCAUGAAAGCUGCCCUGUGCACCGUGGGCAUCCACCUGAGCCCACAGGAGAUGUUUGAAGCUCUGCAGCAGGCAGACCUGGAUGGUGGGUGCCCCCAUCCCUGCCCCCUCGUCCUCUUCCACCUCUAG